ACAUCAUUAAGGAACAGUCGAAAGAGCUGCGCGGUACUCAACGACAGAUCACCAGGGACAGAGCUGCGCUGGAAAAGCAAGAGAAACAACUGGAGCUGGAGAUCAAAAAGAUGGCAAAAAGCGGCAACCGCGAGGCUUGCAAAAUCCUCGCCAAGCAGUUAGUUCAGCUGAGGAAACAGAAGAACCGGACAUACGCCGUCAGCUCCAAGGUGACCUCCAUGUCAACCCAGACAAAAGUUAUGAACUCUCAAAUGAAGAUGGCCGGUGCCAUGUCCACCACUGCCAAGACAAUGCAAGCUGUGAAUAAAAAGAUGGAUCCACAGAAGACGCUGAAGACCAUGCAGGACUUCCAGAAAGAGAACAUGAAAAUGGGAAUGACUGAGGACAUGAUCAACGACACCCUAGAUGAGAUUUUUGAUGAAUCUGGUGACGAAGAAGAAUCUCAGGACAUUGUCAGCCAGGUUUUGGAUGAGAUUGGAAUUGAGAUCUCAGGAAAGAUGGUCAGAGCUCCAGCUGCAGGGAAGUCCGUCCCAGGCGCGGCGUCCUCCUCCAAACAAGCCACCAUCUCUGACGAUGAGAUCGAGAGACAACUGCGAGCUCUGGGAGUGGACUAAUAUUCUGCCUCACGUUAGUGUGCACCCUACAAACCAGUGCAACAAUACUCCUCAUUGACAUAGACUCUGUCAGACACUGGUUUUCUCGUGGUUGGAGGGGGGGGGGUGAGGCUGCGGGUGUAAAUGCACGCUUAAACAGUGGAAAGCCCACAGUCAUACAUCCACACUCCUGUUCUCACAUUCAAACGCAGGUUGCCUUAAAGAUCUACAGGAUGACCCGUUAGUGUCAAAAUCAUAUUUAUUAUUACAUUAGAGGGACUUGAUGUUGUUCAAACAUAACAUACUUGACCUGGAGAACCACCGUCACAUGGAAUCGUCUUUAAUCUGUCUUUAUAAGGGCUACAGGUACAUGGGUGAUCUUGGAAUUGACUUUUCUUUUUUGUUAAUUGGGAUUUAAAAAUAAGCAAAAGGAACUUAAGAUGUUCUCUAUAGUUCCAUUUCUUUUUUUAGUUUUGGCAAUUUUCACUUUCUGCUUGCUAUAUUUAUUGAUAUUGGUUCCUGAUUUUUUUUUUUUUUUUUGGACAAAUCAAAGCAUUAUUUUGGGAGGAAAAACCUCUGUUUCAUCCAUUAGGCUAUAGUCUCCAUCAUGCAAUUGGUUUGCCCACCACUAAUAAGUUAAUUACCAUGCUUCUAAGCUUUUAAUGUAGGCAAGCGCAUCUGCUGGGAAUAGAAAUAUGCAUAAACACGUGUAACCUCACCAAAAAAUUCAUCUAUCAUCCCAGAGGGUUUUAAUGUACAGACUGGACAACAAGACCUAAACGCAGAUCAGGACUAAUGAAGGGCUGGCAGAGUUUAGAAUCAAUUUCUGAUGCUACUUAAUGAAAUGGGAUUUUUUCCCCCCAACAUGUAGGUUAAUGUUUAAUUUAAACACUGAUUGCAGGUUGGCACUGGUCCUGCAAUCCCUCUUUUUUUCAGCUGCUGUGCAGUUACUAUCAUAGGAUUUUUCAAGCUGCCUCACUCAGAAAACACACACACAGAGACUGCAGCAACAAAUGGAUUGAAGUGUAUGCUAUAAUUGCACUGUGAUUGAAACCUAAUUUCUCCAAAGCUUUUGCUGUUACAGAAGCUUCAGGUUUUCUGAAAACAAUGUUUGCAUCUCCUCAAUUUGAUGUUCUAGUGCAUCUCUCUGACCUUUUCUUAUUAUUUUAAUUACCUUUGCCAAUGAAAACACAAAAUGUCUCAUUCUUGCAUGUGUUUUAUCCCAUUAAAAAGCUCCAAAGUCACUAACUUUAGUUGAAAGAUUUUCCUCUACUUUGUACAAAUUGGUUGUAAUUGUGAUCAGAAUGUAGAUCUAAACAGAUUUCUGAAAUUUGAGUGCUGUUUCACUGAUGGGACAUUUUAUGUUUUAGUGUUUGCAAACUUGUUUCCUUCUCAGUUAUUGUAAAUUGACUGUAAAACAUUUGAGACUUUUAUAAUGAAUAAAAUUUCUUCAUCUACAAUUCUAAA